CAAUUUUUAGAGAGACUCAAUGAACAUGAAGAAGGUAGUCAGUGUGAAGAAGCCUUCCAACAGAAUACUGAGCAUAUUAUGAAUAAGAAAACUCCCCCCAGGGAGAAACUCUAUGAAUGUGAGCAAUGUGGGGAAACCUUCCCUUUCUCUAGUUAUCUUAAAGCACAUGAAAGAAUUCACAUGCACAAGAAGCCCUAUGAGUGUAAGCAAUGUGGGAAAACAUUUGUUUCUCGCGGUACCCUUGGGAGACAUGAAAGAAAUCACACUGGAGAGAAGCCCUAUGGGUGUAAGCAGUGUGGGAAAACCUUCCCUUCCUCUCAUUACUUUAAAGCACAUGAAAGAAUUCACACUGGAGAGAAACCCUAUGGAUGUAAGCAAUGUGGGAAGACAUUUGCGUUUUCCUGUGCCCUUCGAAGACAUGAAAGAAUUCACACUGGAGAGAAACCCUAUGGAUGUAAGCAGUGUGGGAAAACAUUCAUGCUCCCUCGUUACCUUGAAAAACAUGAAAGAAUUCACAUUGGAGAGAAACCCUAUGGGUGUAAGCAGUGUGGAAAAACAUUCAUUUUUUCAAGUGGCCUUCGAAAACAUGAAAAGACUCAUGCUGGAGGGAAACCCAAACCCUAAGGAUGUAAGCAUUGUGGGAAAACCUGCUCUUCCUUUAGAUCCCUUGGAGAGCAUGAAAGAAUUCUCACUGGAGAUGAACACUACACAUAUAUACAGUAUGGGAAGACAUUUGCUUUUUCCUCUCUCCUUCAAAAGCCUGGAAGAAUUCACACUGGACCCAACCCUAUCAAUGACCCUGUGUACAUCUGCUUGUCUGGUUUCUCCUCCAAUGAGUGCCUUUGUGGACAGAGACAGAAACAUUGUAUCCAAAGUACCUACCAAGGGGUCAGAAUGAAGCUUGGUAAAGACAAAAUGACAUUCGUAAAUAUUUUAUGAAUUAAACUCAAUUAUUUAAUGAAUAAAUAAAAUUCAUAAGUAUUCUUAAUACCAUAAUACUAUUCAGUGGACUCCUAUGAAAAUAGAACCUGGUAAA